UGAGUGUCUCCUUUAUCCGCUGUAAUUGGAUCCUGGAGGGAGCCGGCAAGCAAGGGAGGGACGGAGAGGGAGGCUUGGCGGGCGGGAUUGAGCGCGCGGGGAGGGGGGCGGUAAAAUAGUCCCGCGGCUUUGGCCUGCGCCUCCCUCUCCUGUCAAGCAUUUGAUUCCAUUGUUCGGGGCUGAUGUCACUCGCAGUUGUCACCGACGCCUCUCCGGGUGACAAUGUGGGACUAGGAGGCACAAAGGACCCCUCUGGCCAUACUCCGAAGAUUUGGCUGUUUCAAGGCCUCAUAGAUCCUGGGUAUUGGUUUCCUUAGAAGCAGAUCCAUGCAUUCCUACACCAUGGCAUCACCAGACAGGAUGAGUGGCUCAGAUAAUGGGCUAGAUGAAACGGAACUCAGCAUCACUCUCACCCUCCGGAUGCUUAUGCAUGGGAAGGAAGUUGGCAGUAUCAUAGGCAAGAAAGGAGAGACCGUGAAGAAGAUACGGGAACAAAGUACUGCCCGAAUCACCAUUUCGGAGGGAUCGUGUCCAGAGAGGAUCACGACUAUUACAGGAUCCACUGAUGCUGUUUUCAGAGCUGUUUCCAUGAUAGCCUUCAAACUGGAAGAGGACCUGGGAAAUGGAGCCACCAAUGGAGGAACUAUCUCCAAACCACCUGUAACACUGCGGCUAGUCAUCCCUGCCAGCCAGUGUGGCUCACUCAUUGGCAAAGCAGGAGCCAAAAUAAAGGAGAUCCGAGAGUCUACAGGAGCACAAGUUCAAGUGGCUGGAGACCUUCUCCCUAACUCCACUGAGAGGGCUGUUACAGUCUCUGGAGUACCGGAUGCUAUAAUCCAGUGUGUGCGGCAGAUCUGCGCUGUUAUCCUGGAGUCACCUCCUAAAGGGGCCACUAUUCCUUACCAUCCCAGCCUGUCCUUGGCACCAGUUCUCCUUUCAGCCAAUCAGGGAUUCUCCAUGCAAGGACAGUACGGUGGUAUGUCUCAAGCAGAGGUGACAAAGUUACAGCAGCUUUCUGGGCACCCUGUCUCAUUUUCUUCCUUGGGACAAACUUCACCAGUAGUAGCAGGCUUGGAUGCAAAUGCUCAGAAUAGCUCUCAAGAGUUCCUGGUUCCCAAUGAUCUCAUUGGCUGCAUCAUUGGCCGCCAAGGCAGCAAGAUCAGUGAGAUCCGGCAAAUGUCCGGUGCACACAUCAAGAUUGGGAACCAGAUGGAGGGUUCUGCUGAACGUCACGUGACCAUCACAGGCACCCCAGUCAGCAUCACUUUGGCUCAGUACCUCAUCACAGCCUGUUUAGAGACGGCCAAAUCUACCUCCCAGACGCCCCCUGUUGACCUCGGCAUGACCUUCUCCCAGUCCCUCACCCCUUCGCCAGCCCCAACGCUGACAGCAGUGGCCGCACCUUCCCCAGCCUUGCUUGGUGCCCCUUAUGCCAUCUCCCUCUCCAACUUCAUCGGCCUGAAACCUGUCCCCUUCUUGACGCUGCCCCCUUCCUCAGUCACGGGGCACAAUGGCAACCUUGCCACCUAUACGACCAAGAUCUCCACAGCCAAUGCCACCAAGAAGGCUGAGAGACAGAAGUUCUCCCCAUACUGAUACAGGAAGGUGGGCUGUGGGGCAGAGAGGGGAAACCUUUGGAGACCCUCACAUGCUUUGUUAGAUGCCACCAUCAUCAGGCAGCUCCAAAGCAAAACUGUAUGGGGAAAGACUAAGUAAGAUGUGAGGGAUGAGCCACUUGUGAAGGAAAGUAAGGGGACGGGAGAGAGAACAACCUAGGCAGCUCUUGAGAGCAGUGCUAGCCAAGGGUCAGCAGCAGGGGAAUGGUCCUUCUGCCCCUGGCUAAGGAGAUGUUUAUGGUGGGGAUGACCACCUCAGACUCAUGCUUUUAUAUUGGGUGAACAAUUUCAGCCUCCCACUAAAAAGUGUUAUUUUUCUUUACCUUCUGUAUACCUGUUUGAUCUCCUUCAGUGAAGAGCUUCUCUCUCCAUCUGAUUUCUGUCACACUUUGCAGUGAGAGGGAUUCUACUUAAGGAAAACUUGAACCACCCCCAGUUCCUUGUACUAUAUUGAAGAAGCGGGUGAUCUUGUGAAAGGUCUCGUCUCAAUUGUGGCAGUAGAUGGAGCUUGGUAGACCUGUGGUAAUGAUGCUAGGGAAGAUGCUGUGCUGCUAUGUCUCCUUGAUUGUAUUUACAAGGGCAGAACUAGGAGAAGUUCUGGUUUGUACAGAACUGGAAGCUAUGUAGGCUCUAGAAAUGGCAGGACAUGCCAAGAAGGAAACUUUAGUGUUCUAGCCCUAGUACAUGUCUCCUAAUAUGAAGCCAAACAUGUCUCAUUAUACCUGGGUACGACUAUGAAAAGACGCAUUUAUGACUUUUGAGCCGGGUCUUCAGCAUCAUACAGUAUUCUGGACUUUUGUUUCCUCUUACAAGGUAUCUUGUUAAAAAUGGAGUUGAAGGGAAUUACUUUCAGGAGGUGUGCUUUUCUAAUGGACAGGGACAGGCACAGCAAAGAUGGAGAUAUAUCUGGUCAUUCUUGUGACUUUCCUAACUGAAAAACUCAACAGAAAACAUCAUAAACGUUCCUGAUCCAUUACUGGAUCAGAACUGCCAUCACUUGCUGCAGUCAGCUAGUCACCUUAUAGGUGGGUGACAUCUAUCCCCCCCACCCCCUUGUUUUCUCUGGCAGAUACCUCAGGAAAUGCAUCCUCAUAUAUUUUGGUAGGAUCUGUAAUAUCUUGUCAUGCCAAUAAAGUAUCUUUGAAUAUCUCUUGCUCCUAUGGGCUGUUGCCUCCAAUAAGUGCUUACAUUUUGCUCCUAUCAUUAGUACACCUGGCCACUUUUUAUAUGCUGGAAAGAGUCCCUUUAACAGCACCCCCUAUCCAUCAUCAUCAUCAUAAUUACCAUAAGUUUACCUAGAUGGAACAGCCCAUGUGAGUAGAGAGAUGUUAUUCUGAGAUAGGACCCUGAGAUUAAAACAGAUGACCACCCUGGUGACUUCUGAUUAAAGUUAUUGACAUAUGUGUCUGGCACCAGACUGACUAUCAUCACAAUAGCAUAUAAUCCCCACUGCAUUCAGUAAUUAUCCAAAUGGACUAAAUAGCAAAGGAUCCCAUGACCCAUUACUUAGCUGGUGUGAAUCAGUAUAACUUCACUUAAUUGGGUCAGCUGCUGUAAACUGGCAUAUUACAUUUCUUUAAUGAAAUACUGCAGUGUUGAUGGCUUUGAAUGGAACAUGACCUGUUGAAUCAGUCUGGGGUAAAUGAAUUAAAAUAUCUCAAUUUGACUCUUGCCCAGCCCCUAGCAGUGAACCAACUGGCUUAGCAUAAGCAAUGGUCAUCCUCAGGGCUGUGUGUACACUGCACCCCCACAAAAGGGAAAAAAAAAAUCUGCACCCAGGCAAUCCAAAGUCUGUGCUAACAAAAGCUAAAUUUUGUGACCUUAUGCAAAUGUGCAUCCAUUUAUCUUAUUUUGCAUAAUUUAUUCUGCAAAUAUAUUCUGGUUUUACUAGUCAUGAGAGGAUCAGGAGCAGGAACACUGAAGCCCACGACAGGGACAGAGCUAUAAUUUGGCAGACAUGUUCAAAGAAAACGAGCCACCCAGCUCGUGAGAGCUGCCUGUCCAGCCUCAUUCUCAGCCAGCUUUGUUGUUGUCUGUGUGUUUUCUUCAUUCUCUCCCUCGCUUGCAGAGAGAAUGAAGAAAACACACAGUCAGUGCUUAGUUGCUGGCUGGGAAAUGAACUCCAGAGGACCAUACGGGGUCCUUCCGGGUGCUGGCCACGCCCCUGCAUGUGAUGCCAUGUUAGAGGGGCCACCAGGGAGAGAGAUGAACACAAGCCGACUUUCCCCUAGCUAUGUGCUUAGGACCAGCCCAAGACAUUUUCCUGCCCAAAGCAGAGCACCAAAUGAUGCCCAUUCCCUUCCCUUCCCUUGCUUUUCCUUCCCUUCCCUCCCCUUUCAAAAUUACACUCCUUCCUUCUUUCAGAUCUCUCCCUUUUGCUUCCUUUUCUAUUAAUAGCACUCCUUCCUUUAUAUCUGCUAUGGGGACAUUUAGGAUUCCCAUUUGGUUCUCUCUGUACACACACAAGGAUACUUAGCAAGUUCACUUAAAAGUGAGUAGGUAAGCAAGUGUGACAAAUGCCCUCAAAUCCACUGCUUGAGUCAACUCACUCCACCCUUCUUUGUGGCAGGGCUGGCCCUGCUGAAGCCCUACCCCGAUCACGGGAAACCUUAUUCAACCAUCUCUCUGGCUUUUGAGAGUUCAACAAGCAUGACCCAUCUAUUCUCACACUUAUCUCCGCAUAAUAGCUAGAAACCUCCUUGGUUGUUGCUGUUGUCGUCCCCCAUCCCCCUACCCAAUCGCCUGAUAAAAGCAAAGAUCCUUAGAAAGCAGAAUUCUGUAUCUACUACCACAAUCUGCAGUUUUCCCUGUGCUCCUGCAGAAUCACAGCAUACACACAGCCCUGAUUAUGUUGAGCUCAAGCACCUGAAUUUUUAUACCAAGAUUAGGUAGGGGUAAUCAAUCCAGGCUGAAACAUGGAAUCCGCGUUACACUGGGCCUCAGUAAUAACUCUGCAACUAUUUUGAGCUUCAACGGGCACUGGCAUCUUUGCUUACUGUGCUUAAUUUGCCCUCAGCUACAAACAAUUUGGUUAUACAGAUUACCUGUGCAUAUUUAGACACUUGUGAUUAAAUAUUUGCAACAUGCUACUGAAAACAAAUACUAUAGAUCUAGAAAUCUAAUUAGUCAGAUUCUCGGCAUAAAUCAGAUGGCAUAAAUCAAAUUCUCAGAUGGCAUAAACUGAUGCACCCCUAUGAUUUGAUUCCACAAGAAAAGGAUAGAACCAAUAAUUUUUACUUGGUGCAAAAACCAAGUCCUUGUGGCUUUGUACCCUGGCUGGUACAAAUCUCUCUCUUGCCCUCUGUCACUUGCUGGCAAAAAUAUCCCAUCUUUUUUGUUGCUCUAAAGAGCUUCCCUAUCCCAUGGACCCCUUUGGCUUGUCUUUGAAAAUGCUGUACAUAUAAUUCUAUAUUUUUUCUCCUUUGUAACUUAUCACUGAUUUAAUAAAAUGCAAACUUUGUCAACUCAGAA